AACACGGAUGCAGCAGUUAUUUCUGCAGGAUUGACAUCAUCAGUACAGCCAUUGGAUGUGCGCAUAAACAAGCAGUUUAAAGAUCGCAUUCGAGAACAGUGGAAUGAAUGGAUGCCUGGAAUGAUAUUGACGCAGACAGCAGUCAAGUCUUUCAAGUGUGGAAUAUCAAAUUCAUUAGAUGGUAUAAAGGACGACUACUUGUGGCAGGAUGAGGAAGCCGAAGCUGAGAGCACACCAUCUAAUACGGAAUUCGAUCCAUACGACGAUUGCCUUGCAGAUGUAUCACAAGAUGUCAUUGAUGAACUUAUGAUAUCAGAUGACGAACAGGAGGAUUUUGAAGGCUUUUAA